AUGGAAGUUUCUGGAAACCAGCCUGCGUCUAAUAGAACUGGGGAAGAGGGCAACCACAGCUCUGCCUUCUCCCACUUUGAGUUCUGCCAGCCCUCGUCGGCCUUGCUGCUCUUAUUCCUUGUGGCCUACGCCGCGGUCUUGAUCCUGGGCCUUCUGGGGAACCUCUCCCUCAUCACCAUCAUCGCCAAGAAGCAGAGGGAAGCCCAGAGUGUCACCAACAUUCUGAUCGCCAACCUGUCCCUCUCUGAUGUCUUGGUCUGUGUGGUGUGCGUCCCUCUCACCGUCACCUACACGCUGAUGGACCACUGGGUGUUUGGGGCUCUCCUGUGUAAACUGACCUCGUACAUGCAAAGCGUCUCUGUCUCUGUCUCCAUCUUCUCCCUGGUCUUAAUCGCCGUCGAGAGGUAUCAGCUGAUCGUCCACCCGCGGGGCUGGAAGCCGGGGGUGCUUCAUGCCUACGGGGGUGUGGCGUUGGUUUGGUUCUUUUCCUUCCUGCUGUCUGUGCCUCUCUUCCUGGCCUACCACCUCACCGACGAGCCCUUUGCCAACCUCUCUCUCCCCGCCGACCUGGUGGCCUGUGUGGAGAGCUGGCCUUCCAGGACCAACCAGCUCCUCUUUUCCACCUCCUUGUUUCUGCUCCAGUACUUGGUCCCCCUGGGCUUCAUCGUGGUCUGCUACCUGAAGAUCAUCCUGUGUCUGCGCAGGAGGAAGAGGCCGGCGGGCAGGAGGAGGGAGAAGCAGAGCCGGUCCGGCGAGAGCAAGAGGGUCCACGCCACCCUGCUGGCCAUCGUGGGCACCUUCGGGGCCUGCUGGCUGCCCUUGAACGUGUUCAACGUCAUCUUCGACUGGCACCACGAGGCGCUGCUGGGCUGCCACCACGACCCGGUGUUCAUCACCUGCCACCUCCUCGCCAUGGUCUCCACGUGCAUAAACCCGCUCUUCUACGGCUUCCUCAACGGGAACCUCCAGAAGGAUCUCAUGGUGCUUCUCCGCCACUGCUGGUGCUGGGCAUCUCGGGAGAGAUACGAGAACAUGGUCGCCUGCAGUCUGCACACAGAAGAGUCCAAGGGUUCCCUGAGGCUGGCUCACCUACCGACGGGCGUGUCGUAG